AUUCUUAGUGGUUGAACUACAAGACGUCUGAUCACUGUUGCUUGCACGUGUGCGAGUAACCCUCAACGUGUUUGGAGUCGAAAGUGAAAUAUGCUGCCAUUUAGCUGCGGAUUGGGAAAGCUGUGUGGAAGCGGUGCACAUUCUCCAACUUCAGAGAAAGUGUCUCCUACCCCUCUUGUCGAAGUUGAAGAGAUGUCUGCAGCGGAUAUGGAGAAACUGAUGACGAGGCUGGAGUCGGCCACGGUGCGCGUUGAGCAACUGUUCAGCCAGGGUAAAGAGAACCUAUCUAGGUUGGAAUCAACGACGUGUCAACUGCAGCAGGUCGGUCAUCCUGGCGGUGGGGCUGCUGCGGCACCAGUUUCAGUUGCAGAGGAGGUGGUGGAACCGAGUGUGCUUGCCUAUGAUGAGUUGCUGCAGGGUUCCUUUGCUCAGUACAUGAGCCUCAGCAGUAAGAUUGGUGGUGUCGUUAAUGAACAGGCACAGCUCGUGAAGGAUGCAUUUGAGGCUCAGCGGGAAUUCUUGAGGAUUGCUUCCAAGUCGAAACAGCCUUCUCAGGCACAGCUCGUGAAGGAUGCAUUUGAGGCUCAGCGGGAAUUCUUGAGGAUUGCUUCCAAGUCGAAACAGCCUUCUCAGGAUUAA